CUCCACCAGUAUCAAACUUGAGGUCCGUGACGGGGAUUCGGAGGAGAGCAUCAAUUUCCCCCCCCCCCCCCCCCAAAAAAAAGGAGAAAGUCUCACUGAGCUCAGAAGAAGAGAGAGAGACACGCAGAUAGAUCCACGCAGAGCAAGGAGGCGAAGGUAAGACAAACUCCCGACCAAGGUUGGAAUGACUCGUCAUUCGUGGGCUUAAAUGUCAACUCCAGCCUGGACAAGGUCACCUUGCGUGGCAUCGCACGAGUGGAGGAGCUCAAGUCGACUUUGGACUGCGCCUCGUCGUCACGUCAACGUUGAAUCAAAACAACACAUGUGGAUUUUCUUCUCUCCCGACCAGUGAAUCGUUCCUCUCUUUUUGGAUAACCGCCCCACCAAAAAAAGAGACAUUUUUUAAGCGAGAAAGAAAACGUGGAUAAAGAAUUUUUUUGUUGUUGGGGUUUUUUUCCUUCUUUUGGUUUUUGGGGAGUGGGGGUUGGGGGGCGGAGAAGCUGAGGACUUUGGCUCGGAGUCUGCUCUGGAUUGAUGGCGUCUGCACCGUCCUCUUCUUCCGAUGGCGAUCCGGAUCCCAACGCGACAAAUUUACGGCCAGCGGGCUCAAGCUACGACGCUUGGUGCGGAGUUGCUCAUGGAUGUACGAAAAAAUUAGGAAUGAAGAUUUGUGGUUUCCUGCAGAAGAACAACAGCGUGGAGGACCGGAGCAGGUUCGCCGGCUCGUUGAAGGAGCGCGCGGCCAGGAGCCUCAUGCUUGCGGGCGACAACGGCGGCGGGUGCGCGCGCUUCACGCGCACGGAGACGGACUUCUCCAACCUGUUUGCCAGAGAGCUGUUACCUGCCAAAAAUGGAGAAGAGCCCACCAUGCAGUUCUUGCUGGAGGUGGUGGAAAUCCUCACCAACUACAUCCGGAAAACCUUUGACAGGUCCACCAAGGUCCUGGACUUCCACCACCCGCACCAGCUGUUGGAGGGCAUGGAAGGCUUCAACCUGGAGCUCUCGGACCAGCCCGAGUCCCUGGAGCAGAUCCUGGUGGACUGUCGGGAUACUCUAAAGUAUGGCGUGAGGACAGGUCAUCCCAGGUUCUUCAACCAGCUCUCCACUGGCUUAGACAUUGUCGGCUUGGCAGGAGAGUGGCUCACCUCGACGGCCAACACCAACAUGUUCACCUAUGAGAUCGCGCCCGUCUUCGUCCUGAUGGAGCAGCUGACACUGAAAAAGAUGCGAGAAUUCAUCGGCUGGCCCGAGGGGGAGGGGGAUGGAAUAUUUUCUCCAGGAGGAGCCAUCUCCAACAUGUACGGCGUGAUGAUUGCACGUUACAAGUUCUUCCCUGAGGUGAAAAGCAAAGGCAUGGCAGCUGCACCUCGACUGGUCCUCUUCACCUCUGAGCAUAGCCACUACUCAAUCAAAAAGGCCAGUGCAGCAUUGGGCUUUGGGACUGAGAACUUGAUUCUGCUCAGCACAGAUGAGAGAGGAAGAGUCAUUCCUGCUGAUUUGGAAGCCAAAGUAAUCGAAGCCAAGCAAAAGGGUUUCGUCCCCAUGUAUGUGAAUGCCACGGCCGGCACCACCGUCUACGGAGCCUUCGAUCCGAUCGACGAAAUCGCUGACAUCUGUGAAAAAUACAACAUGUGGCUUCAUGUGGACGGUGCGUGGGGAGGAGGUUUGCUCAUGUCGAGGAAGCACAGACACAAGCUGAAUGGAGUCGAGAGAGCCAACUCGGUCACGUGGAACCCGCAUAAGAUGAUGGGAGUGCCACUGCAGUGUUCCGCCAUACUGGUCAGAGAAAAGGGCUUAUUACAAGGCUGCAACUCCAUGUGCGCCGGCUACCUCUUCCAGCCGGACAAGCAGUACGACGUGGCGUACGACACCGGCGACAAGGCUAUUCAGUGCGGUCGCCAUGUUGAUAUUUUCAAGUUCUGGCUCAUGUGGAAGGCAAAGGGAACGGUGGGAUUCGAACAACAUAUUGACAAGUGUCUGGAAUUGUCGUUAUACCUUUACGACAAAAUCAAAGGCAGAGAAGGCUUCGAGAUGGUUUUCGACACGGAGCCGCAGCACACCAACGUCUGCUUCUGGUACCUUCCGCCGAGCCUGCGCGGCAUGCCGGCUGGUAAAGAGAGACAAGAGAGGUUGCACAAGGUGGCGCCGAAGAUCAAGGCCAUGAUGAUGGAGUCCGGCACCACGAUGGUGGGCUACCAGCCACAAGGGGAGAAGGUCAACUUCUUCCGCAUGGUCAUCUCCAACGCGGCCGCGACAAGUUCCGAUAUCGACUUCCUGGUGGAGGAAAUCGAAAGACUCGGGCGGGAUUUGUAAGAGAGUCCCUCGCGCGGCGCGAAAUGUACACCUUCAUAUACACCGGAGGUCACAUCAUUAGGUCCGCCCGCACAAUCUGAUGAGCUCCCCGGACGGAGCACUCCCUGGAUCAAAAAGGUUGACAAAAAGUUUUUUUUGGGGGGGGGGCGGUUCUCAUGACAUGGUGUACCUAAUGUUAUGGCCUGCGAUUUCGAUUGAAAGUGUCACCGGUAUGUGAGCACCAAUAUGUCAUGUAUUCUAUGCAGAAUAGUUUAGAAAACGGAAUGAAGGUAAAAAAAAAAAAAAAAGAAAGAGCACAA